GGAUGCCAGGUUGAUGUUAACCACAAGGGGUUAAAGUUUGAAGCGGUACACUCGUACGACAUUUCAAGUAUUUACAACCAAUAAAACACCACAUCUACGCGACGUCGUUCAGAGACCACCAGGUGUUCGUUGAGCGCAGCGUGGGUCUCCUCUACACCCCUUCUGAACCGACAAAUGUACAGUACGUGAUGUAGUGCACACAAAUCAUCAUGGGGAAGUACUUGGUCACUAAACAAGCGGCAGUCUUUCUGCUCUUGGCGUUUUUGUUAACGGCAACGUUGGUUGGACUUAUGUGUGGUUUGCUACCAAAAUGCGAAGACGUAACAGAAUUUGUUCCUACUCCCAGUCCUGUCAAGAAGCAGUGGGAAUUUACUCGCCUUCCAGAGACUAUAAGACCCAUCUCAUACGAUCUCAUGGUCAGAACUGAUCUCACUAACUCCCAUUUCACCGGUUCUGUUGGUGUCUUGGUGGAAUGCCUAGAAGCCACCGACCUCAUACUGAUUCACAGUAAGGACUUAGUCAUCACAGAAGGGAAGACAACCUUAACGCGGCAGGGUAACGGGGCUGAUGCCCCCAAAUUGGCUAAAGAUACCUGGCUGUAUGCCAUCAACCAGUUCGCUGUAAUCGAGCUGAACGGCAAGCUGGAGAAAGGAGCACGAUACAGGUUGUACCUGGAGUUUGAGGGACCGUUGAAGAAUGAUCUACUGGGUUAUUACAAGAUGUCGUACAAGACGGCCUCCGGAGAAGAAAAAUAUUUAGCGAGUACAUUUUUCGAUCCGGUUGACGCCCGUAAGGCCUUUCCAUGUUUCGACGAGCCUGCCUUAAAGGCAACCUUCACAAUAACACUGGAGCACGAGCCCCAGUACGAAGCCAUAGCCAACAUGCCCAAAACUGGUCCAGACACAACACUUGGGGAUGGAUGGAUCAGAGCGACUUUUGAUGAGAGUGUUGUCAUGCCAACAUACCUUGUAUGCUACGUUGUCAGUGAGUUCGAGGCCAGGUUUAAAGACACAACCAAUGGCGUGAAGUUUGGAGUUUGGGCUCAAGAAGAUUUCAUCGAUCAAGUUGACUAUGCGCUGGAAAAGGGGGCGGCCAUAUUGGAUUUUUUUGAUGACUUGUACGGAGAGAAGAAUAAAUAUCCACUGCCUAAAAUGGACAUGAUCGCCUUGCCAGACUUUACAGCUGGUGCUAUGGAGAACUGGGGCCUGAUUACCUAUCGUGAAAGUGCCCUCUUGUACAAGGAUGGAGUGUCAUCAGAAAGUCAAAAGCAACGAGUUUGUACGAUUAUUGCUCACGAGUUGGCUCAUCAGUGGUUUGGAAACUUGGUGACAAUGAAAUGGUGGGACCAUCUGUGGUUGAAUGAAGGCUUUGCAAGUUAUGUCGAGUAUGUUGGAACUGUGGCGGUUGAACCAGAUUGGAGAAUGUGGGACAAAUUUAUUUUGUAUGACCUCCAUCGUGCCAUGGCAACGGAUGCAUUGGUAACUUCUAGACCAAUAAUCACUGAGGUCUUAACUCCCUCGGAGAUCAACAGCAUGUUUGACAGGAUCUCAUAUCAGAAGGGUUCCUCCGUUCUGCGUAUGAUGAAUCAUUUCCUUGGAGAGUCAACUUUCACCAAAGGACUUAAGUACUAUGUUGAAGCCCUCCAGUAUGGCAGUGCUGAAAAUAGUGACCUGUGGUUCCAUCUUGACAAGGCCAUACAAAAAGACAACAUAGAUCUUGGAGGGCUCAACUUAGCAACCAUUAUGGACACCUGGACACUCCAGAUGGGAUUUCCGUUCAUCAAAGUUGAGAGAACAUACAAUGGUGCCCGCCAAAUCACAGCUAGAGUAGAGCAGCAACGUUUCCUGUCGGAUCCCGAUUCAGACCCAUCAACAGACCACCCAGAUUUGGGUUACAAGUGGUAUGUACCAGUGACAUACACCACUGCAAGCAGCCCAGACUUUGAUUCACCAAGAAGCAUGUGGCUGAAACCACAAGAUGAGUUUGGUACCUUGCAGCUUUCAGGUGGCAGUGAUGAUGACUGGUUGUUGGUGAACAUCAACCAGAGAGGAAUGUAUCGUGUCAACUAUGAUGAUAAGAACUGGCAGUUGAUUAAGAUGCAGUUGGAAAGUGUACAUACGGCGAUUCCAACUGCUAGCCGAGCUGCUCUCAUUAGUGAUGUAUUUAGCUUAGCCAUGGCUAGAGAGAUCAGUCACCGCACUGCUCUGGACAUAACCAGUUACUUGAAAGAAGAGAGGGACUAUGUCCCAUGGUAUGCUGUGGACAGUGCCCUUGGCUAUAUCGAACGGAACAUCCGGAGGAAAGGUGCUUUUGGAAACUUCCAGAAAUACAUGAGAGAACAGAUAACGCCAAUGUACGAGUAUACAGGAUGGAAAAAUGAAGGGGACCAUCUGAAAAGCUUAAGCCGUGGACGUGCCAUAAAUAUGGCGUGUCGUUAUGGAAAUGAGGAUUGUGUACAAACAUCAGUCAACCUGUAUGCACAGUGGAUGAACAACAUUGGCCAAAACCUCAUCCCUGGUAUCCAUCCAGACAUGCAAGCCACAGCAUUCUGUACAGCCAUCGCAGAAGGAGAUCAGAAUGAGUGGUACUUUGCUUUUGAACGCUACCAGAACCCUAACACAAGUACGUCAGUCAAGUCAGCUUUACUGACAGCAAUGGCAUGUAGCAAGAAACCAUGGAUUCUUAGCACGUAUUUGAAAAGCAGCCUGGAUAGUAGCAUCAUUCGAUCUCAAGACAGAGAGGAUGUAGUCACAGCAGUUGCUGGAAAUCCUGUUGGCUUGCCUCUUGCUUGGGACUUCUUUCGAGCAAACUGGGACUUCUUUCGAGAGGAGUAUGGAGAUACUGUCUUCCUUCUAGACUCACUUAUAAGUGGGAUAACAUCCAAUUUCAACACGGAAUUCGAGCUUCAAAUGCUGAAGCAAUUCAUGGAGGAUCAUCCAGAUCAAGGCACAGGAGCACGGGCAUUUGCUGAAGCUGUAGCUGUUAUUGAAGCUAAUAUAAGAUGGGUGGAGCAAUUUUACGAUGAAGUAGAAGGCUGGUUGACAGAAACGGUGAACACCCCUAAAGUGUGGGAGGAGAUUCGUCUUCCCCUGUCUCUGAUACCAGAGCAUUACGACCUGACAAUUAGAACAGACUUGACUGAGUUUGUCUUCAAUGGAACAGUAGAUAUCCUCUUUGAAUGUAAGGAGAAGACAAGUAUUGUCCUGCUUCACAGCAAAAGUCUCAACUUCACUGAAGGAGUGACUGAAAUAACACGAAUCAACGAUGGCCCAACACCAACUAGAACCAAGGAACCAUGGAUCUAUGAGCCUCAUGAUUUUGUCGUUGUGGAGUUAAAUUCCUAUUUAACAGUUGGAGAAAAGUACAACCUACACAUGGAAUUUCAGGGGCCCCUGGAGGCUGAUCUGCGAGGCUACUACCGGAUGAGUUACACCACCAAAGCUGGAGAAGAAAAGUUCCUGGCAAGCACCUUCUUUGACCCAGUUGAUGCCCGGAAGGCUUUCCCAUGCUUUGAUGAACCUGAUCUAAAAGCUACCUUUAGUAUCAUCUUGGAACAUCAGCCCCGAUACCAUGCUUUAGCCAACAUGCCCAAGAGUCUUCCAGAUAAGGUUCUGGAAGAUGGCUGGGUCAGAGCAACUUUUGAGAAGAGUGUUAUCAUGUCAACAUACCUUGUGUGCUACGUUGUCAGUGAGUUUGUAUCCGUCAACAUGACCACAGAACAUGGUGUUAGCUUUGCUGUCUGGACCCAGGAAGAUUUCAUUGAUCAGGCAGAUUAUGCUCUUCAAGUUGGUGCCGAUAUUUUGGAUCACUAUGAUCACCUUUAUGGAAUGGAUAUCAAGUACCCAUUACCAAAAAUGGACAUGAUCGCCUUGCUAGACUUCACGGCUGGUGCUAUGGAGAACUGGGGCCUGAUUACCUAUCGUGAAAGUGCCCUCUUGUACAAGGAUGGAGUGUCAUCAGAAAGUCAGAAGCAACGAGUUUGUACCAUCGUUGCUCAUGAGUUGGCGCAUCAGUGGUUUGGAAACCUAGUCACCAUGAAAUGGUGGGACUACAUCUGGUUGAAUGAGGGAUUUGCCAGCUAUGUUGAAUAUGUUGGCACAGAGCAAGUAGAGCCAGACUUCGAAAUUUGGGACAAAUUUGUAGUGUACGAUCUGCAGAGGUCCAUGGCAACUGAUGCUCUCAUAACUUCAAGACCAAUUGUUAUUCCAGUUUCUACACCAUCAGAAAUCAACUCCAUGUUUGAUACAAUCUCUUACAAUAAGGGUGCUUCCAUUCUACGUAUGAUGAGAUAUUUCCUUGGUGAAAGCACAUUCACAAAAGGACUUAAGUAUUACCUGAAAGACAGGCAGAACAAUACAGCAGAAAACAGUGAUUUGUGGCGCAACUUGCAAAGGGCAGUAAAAGAGGACAAUGUUGACUUUGGGUCUGGUCUUACUGUGGAAACCAUCAUGAGGACUUGGACACGACAGAUGGGCUUUCCAACUGUUACUGUAACCAGAUUAUAUGGUGGAGAAGCAAAUAAGAUUAAGGCUAUGGCAACACAGAAAAGAUUCCUGACAGAUCCUGCAUCUGAUACUGGUUCAUCUGCGUAUCCAGACUUGGGAUAUAAAUGGUAUGUACCACUUACAUAUACCACAGGACAAAAUCCAGAUUUCGACACACCAAGCGCCAUGUGGCUGUUGACUACAGAAAAUGCUAAUAUUGAAACGGCUGGUGAUGAUAGUGACUGGCUUUUAGUCAACACUAAUGAGAGGGGAUUCUACCGUGUUAACUAUGAUGAAACCAACUGGAAACUCCUGUCGCGACAACUGAUGAAUAAUCACACGAUGAUAUCUACAACCAGUCGCUCAGCUCUCAUUAGCGAUGCCUUCAGCUUAGCAAGGGCAGGUGACCUAAGUCAGGCUAAGGCUCUGGAUCUGACAAGUUACUUGAGAGAAGAGAGAGAUUAUGUUCCAUGGUAUACAGUAGAUAGUGUCCUCGGAUACAUCUAUGACAACCUGGCUCUUACAGCAGCCAAUGCUUCAUAUGAGACUUACAUGAGGGCACAAAUUGAGCCAAUGUAUCAGUAUGUUGGAUGGGCCAACACUGGAAACCAUCUCCAGAAAUUAAGUCGUGCACGUGCCAUUAACAUGGCUUGUGGCUAUGGGCUUGAAGACUGUAGGACAGAGGCUUCUACUCGAUAUGCAGACUGGAUGACAGAUAUGAUCACCAACAAGGUAGAAGCUGAUCUUCAGUACAUCGUGUUCUGCACUGGCAUUGCUGAUGGUGGAGAAACUGAAUGGCAGUUUGCCUUCGACCUUUACACUAACGGCAACACAGAUACUUCACUUAAGUCCAACCUCCAAUCUGCCAUGGCUUGUAGCAAGGACAUCAACAUUCUUAGCAGAUACCUUGCCGCCGUACUCAACACAAGCCAAAUCCGUGAACAGGAUGGGAAGGAUGUAGUCGUAGCCGUUGCGUCUAAUCCUGCUGGCACUAAUCUGGCCUGGGAUUUCUUUAGAAACAACUGGGCUUACUUCAGGAAGGCGUAUGGCAAUACCGUUUUCUUAUUCGAUAGCCUCAUUAAAGGAGUGACAACCCACUUUAAUACCCUUGAAAGUCUUAAAGAGGUUGAGCAGUUCAUGGAAGCACAUCCAGACCAAGGUACAGGGGCAUGGGCAUUCAUUCAGUCGGUUGCUGAAAUUAAAGCCAAUAUUAGAUGGAUGGAAGAAAACUUUGUAGAAGUUACAGAAUGGCUAGACAAUGCCAGCAAGGAACCGUGGGAGAGGAUUCGCCUUCCAGAUGCCAUCUUGCCUAUCUCAUAUGACCUCAAAGUCCGAACAGACCUGACCAAUUUUGCCUUCAAUGGCUCCGUGGAUAUUUUAAUUGAGUGCUUUGAGAAGACAGACGUCAUUCUUGUACACAAUAGGAACUUAACAAUCCCUGAUGGUACAACUACCCUUACGCGGGAGGAUGGUGGAACUGCCCCAGGAUAUAAGGUGGAACCCUGGUUGUAUGCUGAGACUGAAUUCAUUGUGAUUCAGUUAGAUGCUUUACUGGAGGUUGGGGCCAAAUAUCGCCUGCAUAUUGAGUUUAAUAAUGCCUUACGUAAUGACCUGGGAGGCUACUACUUGAGUAGCUACAACCCAAAGUCUGGAGGAACGAGGUAUUUGGCAAGUACUUUCUUUGACCCAGUGGAUGCCCGCAAGGCUUUUCCAUGUUUUGAUGAGCCUGACAUGAAAGCCACCUUCAACAUAACCUUGGAGUAUGAGCCCCAGUACCAUGCCUUAGCCAACAUGCCUAUGAAAGGAUCACCAGAGACACUUGAUGGUGGAUGGAUGCGAGCAACUUUUGAAGAGAGUGUCAUCAUGUCAACAUAUCUUGUCUGCUACAUAGUUAGUGAUUUCAAAGCAAAGUUUAUGACCACACAAAAUGAUGUUGAGUUUGGUGUUUGGGCCCAAGAGGAUUUCAUCAACCAAACAGACUAUGCUUUACAGAGGGGAGUGGAAAUUCUUGACUACUUUGAUGGGUUGUAUGGAUUAGAAAUCAAGUACCCCUUGACUAAAUUGGAUAUGAUUGCUCUGCCAGACUUCAGCGCUGGUGCAAUGGAGAAUUGGGGUCUAAUAACUUACCGUGAAGCUCGACUCUUGUAUGAAGAGGGAGUGUCGUCUGAAAGUCGAAAGCAGAGUGUCUGUACUGUCAUUGCUCAUGAGUUAGCUCAUCAGUGGUUUGGUAAUCUUGUGACAACAAAAUGGUGGGAUUACUUGUGGUUGAAUGAAGGCUUUGCAAGCUGGGUGGAAUAUAUUGGUACACACCAAGUUGAGGGAGAUGACUGGGCAAUGUGGGACAAGUUUGUGAUUUAUGACCUGAAUCGAGCAAUGGGUGUCGAUGCUUUGACUACCUCACGACCAAUUGUUGCUAAAACGUUGACAACGUCAGAAAUCAAUGAAAUGUUUGACACUAUAACAUACAACAAGGGUGCCUCUGUGUUGCGGAUGGCGAAUGACUUCAUUGGGGAGGAUACCUUUCUGAAAGGUCUUAAGUCUUAUCUGCGAGGCUUGCAGUACAGGGGUGCUGAGAACAGUGAUCUUUGGUAUCAUGUCAACAAGGCAAUGAUGGAGGACGGAGUUGAUCUUGGAGAUGGCAUAACUGACAUAGCCACUGUCAUGGACACAUGGACCAAUCAGAUGGGUUUCCCAGUUGUCAUGGUAACAAGGACAUACUCUGGAGAAACAAACAAGAUCACUGCCUCAGCUACACAGAAGAGAUUCCUGACAGACCCGUCUUCUGACACGACAUCACCGUAUCCAGACCUUGGGUAUGUAUGGCAUGUACCCUUGACUUACACAUCUGGAGUUAAUCCAAACUUUGCCAACCCAGAAAUCCAGUGGAUGAGACCAGAGGAUCAGAUCACUGAUGUCAUCUUAGAUGGUGCUGGUGGUGAUGAUAACUGGCUCUUGGUCAACGUCAAUGAGAGAGGUUUUUACAGCGUGAACUAUGAUGAGAGAAACUGGGCCUUGCUCAGUGCACAGCUGCAGACAAAUCACAUGGCGAUUUCUAUACCAAGUCGCUCAGCCCUCAUCUAUGAUGCCUUCAAUUUAGCAAGGGCAGGGGAUCUCAGCCAGACUAAAGCACUGGAUCUGACAUCUUACUUGGAUAAGGAACAAGAUUAUGUUCCCUGGUAUACUGUUGAUCGCGUCAUGGAUUACAUUGGUGAUAAUUUGGCAUUGGAAGAUGCUAAUGAGGACUUCAUCGAAUACAUGAGGAAGAAAGUCACGCCAAUGUAUAACUAUGUAGGAUGGAAUGAUGAAGAAGACCAUUUGAAAAGGUUGAGUCGUUCAAGAGCCAUCAGUAUGGCGUGUGGAUAUGGCAAUACAGAUUGUAUCAACAAGGCUAAAGAGAUGUAUGCCAACUGGAUGGACAACACUACUAAUACUGUCAUUGAAGCCAAUCUUCAGUCUACAGUGUUCUGUACAGCCAUCUCUGAAGGCGGUCAAUCUGAAUGGGAUGCUGCUUUUGCAGCUUAUACUGAUUCUACCACAAUUUCUUCUCUCAAAGAUGUCUUGGAAUCAGCGAUGGCAUGCAGCAAAGACAAAGCUGUUCUCCAAAUGUAUCUUAGUAAAGUUCUUGAUACCGCAUUGAUACGAUCCCAAGACGGCCAAUCAGUUGUUUCUGCAGUAGCAAGUAAUCCUGCUGGUAGGGCGUUGGCAUGGAACUUCUUUGUUGAAAACUGGUCAUUUUUCCGAGAAACGUAUGGAAAUGGGGUGUUUCUACUGGAUAAUGUUGUUACUGCUGUUACCAAUGACUUCAACACCCAAGCUGAGCUUGACCAGGUGAAACAAUUUAUGGCAGACAACCCUGACCAAGGCACUGGCUCUAGGGCAUUCACCAAGGCUGUGGCUGUGAUCAAUGCCAAUAUCAGAUGGAUGGAUCAAAAUUAUGAAGAAGUUGCUAAGUGGUUGAGACUGAAUGCGUAGGUGAACUUCAACCCAGUGAACAUGAAGCUCAUUGUCGUAAAGUGAAUGAACUAAGUGAGCUUGUACCCAAUCAAGACGAAGCUUACUGUCAUAAACUGAGUGAACUAACUUAGCUUUUGCCAAAUCAACCUGAAGCUCACUGUCAUAAACUGAAUGAAGUGGGCUCAUACCCAAUCAGAAUGAAGCUCACUGUCAUAAACUGAAUGAACUAAGUGAGCUUCUACCAAAUCAACACGAAUACACAAGGCUUACUAUCAUAAACUGAAUAAACUCUGUGAGCUUCCACCCAAUUUAUACAACAUUCACUGUCCUAUACUGAAUGAACUAAGUGAGCUACCCAAUCAACAUGAUGCUUACUGCAAUAGACUUAUAAUGGGUGAGAUUCUACCUAGUCAACACAAAGCUAAUUAUGUUUCAUCUGCAGGUAAAAUAAUUGCAACUGUUUGGUAAAUCUGUUGUUCAAACUUCAUAAAUUGAAUUAAUAAUGUAGCAACACUUCAAAUUGGAGAAUUAGAGGUAUUUAGAUUGGCGAAUUUAUGCCUGUUUUCGCAAAGACAAAAUAUAUAGGCCAAAUGUUGAUGUUUAGAUUGAUUUUUUGGUUGCUUAGAUGAAGGAAAUAUUGCACCUUUGCAUAAUUCAAAUAUUGAAAAUAUGAAAGUUACUGGUUUUUUUCAGUGUUAAUAUUAUAGGCCAUUUGUAGAGUAAAUCAGGUAGAUUUGCCUUCGAACAUAGUUCUAUGUGUAUUAAGGAUCCUCAUUUCAGUUUUCACCAAAAAAUUGUCACCAGGGGUUUUGCUACAGUUAGUGAUUUUCACAUGUAAAAAUUUUUCUUUCUGAUAAAUAUGUUUCAAUAGGAAUAGGUUAAUUCACAUUCCCCUAUAUCUUGGAAUGGCAUAUAUAUCAUAAAUUUUAUAACGGUGUCUUGAUCAUGUUGACUUUUGCAUGAAAGGUUCUUGUUGUUUUGGAAUAACAAUUUCUUGAUGUUAUUUUAGAACACUUGCCUGACCUUUCAGUAUUACUGUGUUUAAUGGUUUUCGGACUUAUUGAUAUACAUGCAAGGCUGAGAGUCAGAUAAGAGAUUUCUGGUAACUUUAGACAGUGCAUUUCAUAUUAGUUUCAAAUUUAUUGCCCCUUAUUCACGAUUAGUUCAUUCACGGUACAUGAUACUUGAAUGUACUUUUGGUUGGAAUUAUCAUACAUAUGAUUUGAAGGCACUCGAAUACAAAUUUGUUGUAGGUUGCUUUUGCAAA